CUCUUAUCCCCUCCCCUCCGGGGUGGGGGAAAAAAAAAAAGAAGCCUCGCCUCCUAGCAACGCGUCAGCCAAUCAGCGGCGGGAUCCGAUGGCGGCAAAACAGCGUCCCUUGAGGGAGACGGGAAAAUGGCGGAUGAGGGAGCCGCUUGUUACAUUGGGGAGAUGAAAGACCAGCGGAGGAAUGGUUAUGGACGCUAUGUUUAUCCCAACACUUUUUUCAAGUACGAAGGACAGUGGAAGGAAGGGAAAAAACACGGUCACGGGAAAUUACUGUUCAAAGAUGGAAGUUAUUACGAAGGUGAAUUUGUGGAGGGAGAAAUUGUUGGCUAUGGACUCAGAUACUGGGCAUCAACAGGGAAUAUUUAUUCCGGCCAAUUCCUCUUUGGUGAACUUCACGGGCAUGGAGUUUUCCAUUAUGGCAAUGGUAGCAAAUACGAAGGAGAAUUCUCCUACGGGGUGCGAGAAGGCCAUGGGUCACUGACGGAAAAGGAUGGAGAGACUUACGAAGGAAGCUUUCACGACAACAAAAAACACGGAGGAGGACAAAUGACAUUCCCAAAUGGAGAUAAAUUUGUGGGUGACUGGAUCCUGGAUCAAAGACAAGGCCAUGGAGUACUUCAGUGCCCUGAUGGAACCGUAUAUGAGGGACAAUGGAGAAACGAUAUGUUCAACGGACAAGGCUGUAUGAUCCAUUGUUCGGGCGUCAUCUACGACGGACUCUGGCAUAACGGCUCCCCUCUUGGGCAAGCGAAGACAAUGGUGAUUAUAGGACCAGAGGUGAUGGACGUAAGUCUAGGAUCGGUUCUUACUUUUCACAUCCAGCUGCAGACCGAUAAUGGAGAGGUUUCUAAAAGCGAAAGGGGUCGAUUGCUGGAGAUUACGGCCAGGGUCAAAAAGCUCACCUUUCCCGAAGGCUCCAAAACCAGCUCUCGCGAAUCAUUGGAAGCCACCGAGAAGCAAUAUAUGAAGUUUGGGAGUCCCAGUUUGAUGACGGUCAGAUCUGCAAGCCAACCCCUGCACGACGUUCCCUCAGUUGUCAGCAAAUCAGGACACGCCGGGCUUGAAGGGGUAACCUCCCACGAAACAAAGGACAAAGGAAGCCAUUGCUUCGGUUUACCCCGUCUGCAAAGGAGCAAGCACGGCCUGGUCACUUUCAGAAACAUCCCCCUCGCCUUACUUCUGGUCGACCAGUACCCUGAUCCACAGACUGGCCAACUGCCUGAGAGAGAAGUUGAAAAGCAAAGUUCCCGGGCCUCCACAGAGCAAAUGGAAGCUUCCACCACCCUUACGGUCAGACGUAGCAGAUCAGGAAUAGCCCCUGAAGGAUGGAAGUCCAGAGUGAAUGAAAGUUCGCCGAACGUCAUACCACCUCCACCAGGCGAAUAUAUAAUUACGGUUCGUGAAGUGACAUCACCUCCGUUUCUAGGCCAACUUCUCCCACCUGUUUUCAAGCUUUUAAGAGUCCUGCCAAAGAAAGAGAUAGUUAUGGGCUCCGGUAAAGACAUCCAGAAAGAUCUUGGCAGCUAAAGGGAGAGGAAAUUGAUGGACCGCAACCAAGCUCUCUUCCCCACUCCCCUCCCCGAACUCUGUACAUAUAUAUAUACACACAUAUAUAUGUACCCUUCGCUGACUUGGGAAUUAUUCAUCUAAUUUCACCUCUCCAUAACGUUCUCUCAAAGAGGAUCUACAGCAUGGGAACCGAACGGCAAAAAAAAACACCGCCACCAAAACCCAACCAUCUGUUUUUGUCAUGCCUUUCCAGCCCACCUCAAUUCUGAUGAACUGUAGAUAAAUUUAAUUUCCCCUCGAUGGAGGCCAACCAAGCCUUCAGUCCUGCUGGCAUCAUCGCAUCACGUCUCUCUAAAUCAAAAUGGACUUUACGCCUUCAACAACAACCACAACAACAACAACAAUUUUUUUUGAAAAGAUACACACCCACCCACCCACCCCGACGCGAGGGAGUUUGUGCAAUAGUCCAGCCGAGAUGUCCCUACGAAGCUGAUGAAUCAACCAGGUCGCCUAAUGACCGCGAAAACGCACAUCGCAAAUUAUAUUUAUGACGGCCGA